AUGAAAAAGCUUAAAAGUAAAUUGGAAAGCACAAAUACAGAUAGUUUUGGUGUUUCUGGUAGUGAUUUCACAAGAACUUAAAAAUCUCAUCGUCAAUUCUUGAUUACCAGUACAAUGAAAAUGCAAACUGAAUCAACAGAAUAGUUGAAAUUAGAUUUACCUCCUGUUGUGAAUUUACCUUUUCAAAAUAAGAUACGAUCAUAGAAGAGAUCUAGAACUUUAUUAAGAACUAGCGAUUUAUUUAAUGUUUAUAAGGCACCUUAGACAUUAGUAACUAAUCCUGAAUCAUUGUUAAAAAAGAAAAGAUAAUAUCAAAUAUCAUAAAGUAUAAUUAAGUAUUAUUCUGAUGAAAUUAUGGCUUUGAAAGAUCAGUAGAGUUUAGAUGAAUAGGAAAUAGAAAAUGCAAUUUCCAAAUAUUUAAAUGAAGCAAUACAAAGUCUGGAAAUUUUAAUUAAAAAGUUACAGAACUUAUUAUAAUACAAAUAAAAUAGAGAGAAAAGUGAAUCAGAAAUGAAAGAAAUUAUGUAAGAAUGUUUUAAAUAAAAAAAUUUAUGUAUAUAAUAAAGGUUUUGUUAUAUAUUUGGUAAAAUGGAACAAUUGUUUUUUAAUCCAUUAUCAGGAGCUAUAUAUUUUAAAUUAUGCAAACGUUUGUCAGAUAAUGAAAUAUUUUAUAGAAAUAAGAUGAAAGCUUAUAGAGGAUUAGGUGAAUGUUUACUUAGAGUCCGACCAAAAUUAAGCCAGUUAUAUUUUACAAAAUAUUUAAUGUCAGCAUGGAAAUUAAAUGAAAAGAAUCAUGAACUCUAUGCUUAUGAUUUAUUAGGAAAAUAUUAUUUUUAUGUUGGUCAAAUCGAAAAAGCAAAAUUAUUUCAUGAAAAAAUGAUAGGAGGAUAUUGUGAAGUAUGUAAUAUCUUAUCAUCACUGUAGGUUCCUGAAUCAAGAGUUAGAAUAUUAGCUUAGAGUCGUUUAGAAUAAGGAAGUUUAUCAAAUAGAAUUAAUAGAGAACAUUAAGUUGUUGAUAUUGAUGUUGUAACAUCUGAUGAUGAAUGCUAUGAAAUUGUGUUGACUCAACCUUAAUAAAUUAAAGUAGCUACAGUUAGUUCUGUAAAAUAUUUUCAAAGAAAGAUUCCUGAUCUUAAAUCAGUUAAAGAAGAAGCUAAUACAAAUAUUAGAUAAAAGAAACCUAAAUAUAAUUCAUAAAUUUUAGAAAUAGGUGGAGAAUUUAAUAUGUCAAAAUUAAUAAUAUCUAAUCCUCAUCUCAAUAUAGGAGCUAUAAAGGAUAGAGUUUUAUUAAGUCAUAUGAGUCCAAAUAGAAAAUUAGAAAUGUAUUAAUAUCUUUACUUGGCCAGUGAUAAAAAUGCUUUUAAUAAUGUUAAUCUACUCUCUGGAUUGUAUGACAGAUUUGAAAUUAAUAAAAUCAAUAAGUAUCUAACUAAAUUGAUCUCUCUUUUGAGUACAGUAUAAUAAUGGUUGAUAAGUUAAUAAAAGUAAAAAUAAUUUACUCGUAGAUUCGCUUUAGUUUGA